ACAGCUGCCCCAGCUACAACCGUUGGAGCUACAACCAUUGGACCUACAACAGCUGCCCCAGCUACAACAGCUGCCCCAGCUACCACCGUUGCCCCACCUACAAUAGCUGCCCCAGCUACCACCGUUGGAGCUACAACAGCUGCCCCAGCUACCACCGUUGCCCCAGCUACCACAACUGCCCCUGCUACCACCGUUGCCCCAGCUGCCACAGCUGACCCAGCUACCACCACUGCCCCAGCUACAACAGCUGCCCCAGCUACAACCGUUGGAGCUACAACCGUUGGACCUACAACAGCUGCCCCAGCUACAACAGCUGCCCCAGCUACCACAGCUGCCCCAGCUACCACCGUUGGAGCUACCACAGCUGCCCCAGCUACCACCGUUGCCCCAGCUACCACAGCUGCCCCAGCUACCACCGCAGCCCCAGCUACAACAACUGCCCGAACUACCACCGCAGGCCCAACUACAACAACUGCCCCAGCUACCACCGCAGCCCCAGCCACCACAGUUGGAGCUACCACCGCAGCCCCAGCCACCACCGUUGGAGCUACCACCGCAGCCCCAGCCACCACCAUUGGAGCUGCCACUGCAGCCCCAGCCACCACCGCCGCAGCCACCACCGCAGCUAUCGCCGCAGCUACCACCGCAGCCACCACCGCAGCCACCACCGCAGCUACAACCACUGGAGCUACACCCGCUGCAGCUACCACCACCUCCCCAUCUACAACUGCUACAUCUAGCACCACAGCCACAGGCACAACCACUGCAGGUACUACAGCAGUCACAGCUACAACUGCAGCCCCAACAUCCUCCAGCUCAGUGGCCCAGUCAUCCACAGCUAAAACAACUACAAGUAAUGCAACUUCUAGCAGACUAGGUUUUAUCCAUUUGCUGCUUGGAAUUCUUCUCUUCAUUCUUAUUUAGAAAUCAGGGAAAUCUGUCAAGAAAAGUGUACAAUUCUUAAAAGAUCUAAAGCGUAAACUAAUUUUUUUGUAUUUAUGUAUUUAUUUAUAUACUUCUAGAAGUAUUGGUGUAUAUGAAGCUAACCCGUGUGAAUUAGCAUUCCUCUAGGGGGAAAAGAAAUUAGAGAUUCAAUUGAAUGUUGUUUUUUAUGUUGGCAGCAAGUGGCACUGAAAAUAAACUGUAAAGUAUUUUAUUUUAUUUCUAUAUGUAAGUGUUUGUAGUUUCCAUGAAUAUGUUGUUCUGCUACAGUUUUUCCAGUUUGGGUUUCUGUGAUCUAUGUCUAAUAAAACUUUC